CUGAAGCUGUGGAGAGGGAGGGAGGGAGGGAGAGAGAGAGACAGGGUGAAAUGGCGUCGUUGUUGAAGAGCGCGUUGAAGUCGAUCAGAGAAAGAGGCCUUGGAAACUUCUUAAGGGAGCUCAGAGAAGAAGGAUACUUGAGUUGCCUUGCGGAUGGAAACCUUUUGCAAACCAAGAUUCACAACAUAGGUGCAACUCUUGUGGGUGUUGAUAAAUUUGGUAAUAAAUAUUAUGAAAAACUUGGAGAAACUCAAUACGGCAGACAUAGGUGGGUGGAAUAUGCAUUGAAGGACCGCUACAAUGCUUCACAAGUGCCAGCGGAAUGGCAUGGUUGGCUUCACUUCAUAACUGAUCACACAGGAGAUGAGCUUCUGAUGCUGAAACCAAAGAGGUAUGGUGUUGAACACAAAGAGAACUUGUCUGGAGAGGGCGAUGAGUAUAUCUAUCAUUCUAAGGGACACAGCCUCAAUCCUGGGCAGAGAGACUGGACCAGGUAUCGAGCAUGGGAACCCACUAAGCCCUAAGUUUUUCCUUCUUCAAACGAGCUCCAUGAGAAGCUUGUGCUGUUGAUUAAUAAAAUUCUUGUACUUUUUUUGAGGAAUGUGUGAACAUGCUUGUUAGGGAAAACACAGCAAGUGAAUUCAUAAAUAUUUUCACUGAACCAUGGUCCUACAUCCACCAUCCAUGGAUAGUUCCUCAUGGUCACCAUUUAAGGAUUUGACUUUUUAACAGCUAUGGGAGUUUUCCAGAGCCUCUUUUUUCUUCUUAUUCAAUUAAGAUUGUUUUGUGGUAUAUAAUGUUGAAACAUAUGGAUGCAUUGUGGACGGAUGAUCAUCUAGCACAAUUCACUUUGAAGCUGUUAGCAUGAACAUUCUUCCUCGUUACCCUA